UAUAGAAAUAUAUGUACGCUAGGAAAAGGCAAUUUUGGAAAAGUUUUAUUAGCAGAGGAUCUGACCACUGGUGAGCAAGUAGCGAUCAAAGUAGUAGAUAAACGAUUAUUCAAAAAUGGAGAUCAGAAACAACAUGCACAAAGAGAACAAUCUAUAUGUGAAGAGUUUGCUACGGAAUUGAAACAUAAGAAUAUUGUGCAAAUUUAUGAUGUGAUAUCCGAUGAAGAAUGUAUUUAUGUGGUGAUGGAAUACGUACAAGGCGGAGAGUUAUUUGAUCGUAUCAAGCAAGAUCAAAAACUUACCGAACCUCUUGCUCGUCGCUGGUUUCGAGAAAUCGUAGAGGCCGUUUCCUAUAUUCAUGAGAAUGGCAUUGUUCAUAGAGACUUGAAACCAGAAAAUGUUUUAAUCGAUAAAAAGCAAAGAGUUAGAGUAUGUGAUUUUGGAUUUGGAAAAAGAAUCAGAGAAAGACAAGAGGUACUUAGUACUUAUUGUGGUAGUCCUUUCUAUGCAGCACCGGAAAUGGUAACCGCUACACCUUAUCGAGGUCCACCAGUGGAUAUGUGGAGUUGUGGAGUGAUCCUUUAUGCCAUGUUGACAGGUACAUUACCGUUUCAAGGUGAUGAUAUGCCACAAUUAUUUCGUAAGAUUAGCCAUGGCUUAUAUAAUACGCCUCGAUUUAUAUCUCCCGAUGCAGCCCAUUUGAUCAACCGACUGUUAUGUAAAAAUGCCAAAGAUCGUAUUACGGCAGCUGCUUGUUUGGAUCAUCCUUGGUUA